UUUACUUUCGCUUGCUCACCUUACGGCUUUCUAGAAAGUAUCCCAUCUAUGCUUACACCGAUUGCCUGUAUGUACUCUACAUCUUAGCUGUGAAGAAUAAUAUGGGUCACUGCGGAGAGUCGAGACAUCACUCUUGCAUAGGCACAGUUGCAUACGGUUGUGGUACAACCACCUCGCUUGUCCCAGUCCUUCAUUGGUUCAGCGAGUACGAAUCACCAGCUCGUGUGGUGACGAGCAAUGUGCUGCGCCCCGAGGAACGGUCCUCUCGCUGAAGUUUUAUCGCGAUGAAGUUUAUAAUAUAAAGCCGAUGAUUCCACUCCGACAAGAUGCAUCGUUGCGGCAUCCACCGACGUCCUACAUUCGUUACCGAAAGUUCCAAGUUCAACGUUCAAACCAACUCUGAUCUACAUACCAUAUCGAUCGCGGGAUCAUGACUGCAGGCGAAGCACGUACAUUAGCCCUCGACCGCACGCACCGGUUCUUCGUCAGCCACGUCCUCCCGAUCGGCCUGGGCAUAGUCGGCUGUGCGUUCGGCAUCGUGGCCGUCAAGCUCGCGUACAAAUCCCUCGAGGAGAGCCGCCUCGCUAGUUCGUGGGCUCGCUACACCUACGACUUAGCGAUAAUCGAAGCAAGAAUGUCCCUGAUGUCGCUAUGCGCACAGACGCCGGAAGUGGACAACGUCACCUGCGCCGAAGUCAGGACGUGGGAGUACCUUCUAUCCGCCCUGAAGGUACUGCGGCCGCAGGGAGGUCCCCCCGUCGGGAGGUAGCUCCUAGCGAUCCGACGCGGUUGAAAGUUUAAACUGCUGUGGACGGAUACGGCCAUGUCGAUGGCGGGUGAUGGCGGUUGAGGUUGAGUUUGCGAGCUGGUUGCGAGCUGGCUGGGGGCAUUGGGAGGGCAGGAAUACGGGGGGUAUUGGAGCUGCAGCACGUUUUGGUAACUUGGAGAUGGAUCAUGGGAGCGAGGGACUGGUCUCUUGCUUUUGUUUGGGAGACGCUGCUGAGAUGACUACUGAGCCAGUGCGCGGGAGGAUAACCCUGGUUAAUAGGAGUAUGGAGCUGCAUACAAUGUAGGUAAACUAAAAAAUCUGCAUGCCU